AUGGUUCCCUCUCUCCGCCAGAUCCGUCGUGGUCGUAAGAGCGGCCAGCCUGAGGUAGAGCCCCGGCCACGGGCUUCGGAUCUAGCUGUCGAGCGGUUACGGGCGGAGAUGGCAGAAAAGGAGCAGGCGGCCCAGGAGCACGCACGGAACAUGGAGCGGCAGAUUCUGGAGUAUCAGCAGCAGCAGACACAGAUGAUGCUGCAGAUGCAACAACAGCAGCAGAUGAUGCAGCAGCAACAGGCACAGAUGAGCUGGCUGAUGAGCCAGACGGCUCUGUCUUCUCCACCGGGGAGUAUUCCUGCUCCUCCACCUUACUCCAUGCCGUGGAUGCCGCCACCGCCCACUCAGAGCCCGGGGACACCUCUCACCGUGAACAACUUGAACAUCAUCCGGAGCAUGAACCGCGAUUAUAUGUCACAAGGAAAUGACGAUGAGGCCGACGGAAGCGGAGGAGGACAAGGUUGAUGGCAUGGUCUUCGUGCACUUUGUCGGAUUGUAUGCUUGUAAUGGAUUGUAAUAUUGGACAUUGCACUAUGGACUCUAUGUAACUUGUGUGGAUGGACUAUGGACUCUAUGUA